CAGCAAGCUAGCUAAUGAAAUCCACAGCUGCAAAGGAGGAGGAAGAAGAGGGAGGGUCUGUGAGAGAGAUACCCACAAGAAUCGGACUGGCGACGGGAGGUUUAGAGGUGGUUAGCUAGCUWCCGAAACUAAUCAAAGGGACACCCGUACUAGUAUGGGAAUCAUCAAUUGGGUUUAUGACAAAAAAACAAUAAAUCAGAUUCCGGUACUGUACCCUUCGGGAAAUCGUGGAAGCGUCAUUCAACGUGAACGGUUUUGACACUUCGCUGACAACAUGGCUGAAUUUAGCAUCGAUCAGAACAAACUGCCUGGAGUAAAAGAAGUUGUUCGUGAUUUUGCUGUUCUGGAGGACCACUGCCUGGCCCAUAACCUCCAGGAGCAGGAGAUCGAGAGCCACUUGGCGUCCAACGUCCACAAGAGCCGUCUGGUGCAGCAGGACGUAGCGUUGGCCAAGCAGCUGCAGGAAGAGGAGGACCGGAGGGCCAAGGCCAAGGCCCACAGACAGCACAGAGACAUUGAGCGCAGUGACAAUGAGAUCGCCCAGGAGAUUCAGGAGGAACUGGUCCGACAGGCCAAGCAGCAGCGGAUGCAGGAGGAGAAGGAUGCGGCCAUUGCUCGUAAACUGCAGGAGAAAGAGAGGAAGGAGGAGAGGAAGCGACAGAAYCAGCUGGAGGCCAACUUUGAGGAGGAGUACUACGAGGAUAAUGCCAUCCGAGCCUCUCUGGACCUGGAUGAAAAACCCAGGCGGCCUGGUUCUAACUCUCUCUCUUCGGAGAGAGAUGCUGUGGAGACUAGAACCAACUCUCUUUCCAGAUACCCUGAGCACCAUUUAGAGGGUAGGGGAGAGGGGAGAAGGGGCAGGCAUGGAGACGCACACCCUGAGCACCACCACUCCAGUAGCAGGGGCAAACAUGGGGACAGGUACCCCGACUACCACCACCCCACUGAGGGUAGAAGCAGAGGGAAGGAGGGCCAGAGGAGCAGAGACCACCAGGGGUCCCAGUCAACCUUCUUUGCAGACAACCAUGAGCCCAGGAAACAGCGAGAGGAGGAGGGGGAUAGGGUGGUCAGGAGGAAGGAGAGGCCCGCCCGGCCGCCCCCGCCGUCCCAUAUCCCUGUGAAGAGAGACGAGGCUUGGGACAGGGAUAGAGAGAGACACCGGGAGUGGGAGAGAGAGGGGGAAAGAGACAGACGGAGAGAACCCAGGAGUGAUGAGGAAAUUGAGAGAGACGCACCAAGACAGGGAAGACACGGGGAGCGAUUGAGAGACCAAGAGCAUAGCCGAGACAAAGACAGACACCGAGAGAGAACCAAGAGCAAGGAGCGAGGUCUGGAUGAAGUCCAGGACGAGCCCAUCCCCAGUAGCCGCAGCAGGGCCUGGGACGGUGGUGGGGAGGAGGCCCCUGGCCCUGGGGAUGAUGAAGGGGGGGCCAGGGCCCGCCUGACGCUCCACUCUGGCCCCAGUGAGCUGUGUGAGGAGGCGGCGAGGAGGAGCCCCAGGAUGGGGAGAGAGAGAGGGGAGAGGGGACACAGGGACCCUGGGGAGGGCCCCAGCACGGGCAAGGAGCGCUCCCAUACUCACCCCGCUCCCAGGGAGCCAGGUCGUAUCGUGCAAGGAGGACCAGGGGGUCGUGGAGCAGUGGUAAUGGCAGGGAAUUACGGACUCGGCGAGGCCACCCAGGGCAUCACUAAGCUGGACCUGCGGGAGCAGGAGCUGCUGGACAUGGAGGUGGCCCGGAAACUACAGGAGGAAGAGGUGAAGGGAAGCAAGAUGGACAAGCGUGCGGCCCAAGUGGCUCAGGAUGAGGUGAGUAGACGGCCGGCUGCUUCUCUGUCUGGAACAGUCGUCACUGACCGACUCGCUUUCUCGCGCUCUCUUUCAUUUUCUCUCAUUCUCUUGCCCUGUCUCUCAAGUCUCAACUUUUGACACAGCAAUGAAGCAAGGUGUGUAAAAGUUGUUUACAUUUGUUAAAUAAAUAAUGUCCCUUGGUCCAUUCAUUCCUUUUGGUCAGUGUUAACCUGGGUAAUCAACUCUCACCACAUCAUGGUUAUAUCCYUGUGUGGCAGAAGCCAUAUGAUGAAACACUAUGUGUCUGAAAGGGCCAAUCUCAGAUUGGAGGAACAACAUACCGUUACCCCGCCUCUUGUUUUAGUAAACAGCUGGAGAAAUGGAGCCACUCUCAAAUUCAUUGGUAGAAAGUGUCUGUGUUUGUACUGUAACUGUAUAGUAAACGUUGUAUUGGUGUUGUCAGGAGACAGCCCUGCUGCUGUUGGAGCGGGAGWAGAAUAA